AUGCAAGAUAUUCCCAAUAGAGAAUCACCAAUAUUUAAUGAAAUAGAUAGUACACCAGAAGAAACAGGAGAUUAUCAUUUAAAAUUAUGUUUUUGUCCUUUUUGUCAAUUUGGAAUCAAGUCUAUGGGAUUAGAUAAAAAAGAGAACAAAAAAAUUAUUUCAUGGCAAUUAUUGUGUCGUUCAAUUUUGUAUUCUCUUUCUGUUGUUAAUGCUCCUCGUGUUUAUUUUUCAUUAAAAAAAGACAUUUAUUGGUGGAUUGUUGAUCACUGGUAUUGUUUUGGUUCAUUACAACAAUGUUUGCUUAAAACAUCUCCCUCAAAAUGGAAAAAGUCAUUAUUAGAUGCUUUAAGCCAUUCUUCAUUUUUUGAGUCUGGAACAGUCACACUUAAAAAGACAGGAAUGUGGCGGUUGAAUCAAAUAAUAGCUCCUUGGGAAGAUGACAAAUUGUCAUCAACUUCUCUUUUUCAUCCCAUUUCACUUCCUCAGCAACCUCAGUUCUUAUCAUCUUUAGGAGUUUUGAAUGACUUUCAUAAAUCCAAAGAAACAAUACAUAAAGAUGUGAUUUUCAAAAUGCCAAUUGAAAGUACUGAUACAAACACUCAAAAUAAGAUUAACACUUCUUUGCAUGAAAAAAGUACAGAGGAUAGUAAAGAAAAUAAAGAGAUUAUUCGUUCUCAUUGUAUUGAAGCAAUCAAAAAAUAUCAAAUGGCUUAUGAUGAACUUGAAAAUGAAAUGAAAGGAAAUAUUCUUGAUAACGUCACAAUAAAACAAUUAAAUGAUAUAAAAGAAGUAACAAAAAUGGCUGUAUCAGUAUUAAAUAUGUUAGACUCUAGACAAGAAGAACAAAAUUCCAUACUAAUUACUAAGGUGUUAGACAAAAAAUAG